AUGAAGCCAAGCAUUGUGAUAGCUAAACAGCGGCGCUUGUCGAAGGACACACCCUGGCCCAGGAAGUUGCACACGCUCCAGUCGCCCCCCCCGGAGUUCGCCAACUGCCACAGGCACGACUCGGAGCCCAGCAGCGCGCCCCACUGCCGCGGGCCGUCCUCCAGACCCACCGACAGCCCCGCCGCGGCGCUGGGCCCGGCGAUGACCUUCCUGGAUGGUCACUGGAGCCCCUCGAGCCUGAGCGACGCCGACAGCACCGUGGCCGGCAGCGACCCCGAUUUGCAGACGGAGGGCUGCGCGCCCGCUGCGGAUCGGGACCACCGGAGGAUGGGGAGCAGGGGGGCCACCCCCGUGAAGUCCAUGGAGGUCAGGCUGAAGAAAAUUCGGGCGCCAGGCGGCGUAGGGGGUGCCUCUGGGAGAGACGGCUCGUCAGGGAGACCUGACAGCUUCAUGCUCGAGGGGGCGCAGAUGGGCGCCGGGGCCAUGUCGCACCUGACUGUGAGGACUGGCGUGGAUGGCGAGCAAUGGAAGGUGCAGCAGCCGCUGGCGCUGUCUGGAGAGGCUUACCAUGCCUUGAUGGACACCUGCGAGACGCUGUCGCCGGUGCCGAGUGACCUCUACCUGACAAGGGAGGGGAGCCAGGAGGAGGACGGGCUGACACUGUUCGUGAACCCCAUGGCAUUUUGUGACACUGCGGAGAGCGGCGACCUGAAUGCAGCAGUAGAUGCACAAGAGAAUGUUGAGGCAUUUCCUCUGGGUAAGGACAGGGCGAUGGGCAUGGUGAUGGAACCGGGGUCUACAAUGUCUGGGUCGAAGGAAGAACUGAGGAAGGUUGAGGAGAAAAUGGGCAAGCAAGUAUUCCCAUCGAAUGGCCGCAGAUGGCACCAGGAGAAGUUGCCCACCGUGGGCAUGGAGCAUCAGCAAGGGAUGGGAGCCGAUUCUGAGGAAGAGUCUGGUGUUGCCCUUGGACUGGUGGGCGUUGGCAGCAGCAGUAGCGAGGAGUGGAGGGCACACAGCAUCACCAUCGAGGAGAGCAUUGAGGCCUUGAAAUCUGGUGCUCCUGUGAAGCGCAUAUCUGUCACGUCAGGGAUGCCACCUAUGGAGUGCGCAGCGGAUGUGGCGGGCAGGAAAAAGGGCUUGUCUGGUGAGUUGCAGGUGCCUUCCUGGGCGGACAGUGGGAUAGGCCAUUUCAGGGAAGACAGCAGGUGGGAAGACAGGACCGAAUGGGCAUGUGAGCCACCUAUGAAGCCAGAUGUUCAGCCAGAUGCUGUGCCACCACACUGUCACAGUGGCAAGCGCUUUCUUUUUUGCAGCCAGGAUGUGCGAAGUCCGACUGCACUGGCUGCCCGGCGCAGAGCUUUCCUCAAGUCUCGUAGCCGGAAGGCAGCCAGACGAAAAGACAGCAGCGACGGGAGCCCAACCUGGGCAGGUCCGCAGGGUUUGAAUGCUGUGGUGGACCGUGCAUGCCGAGACGUGAAGCCUCAUCUCCUUGUGCGAAAGGGGAGAAGCCUGUCCGAGAGUCUGCAGUCUUUUCAAGGACGAAGUGAUGGUGUGCUCCCUCGCUACUGUAUGGGGCCCCCACCCUGGGAUGGGUAUUGGAGAUCGGAGACAUGGUGGAGCGAUGAAGCACUUACCGUGAGUUCGCAAUCGUCGUCACAGCAAAGUGAUGGUGUCAGCUUGGGUUCAGACAAGAAAACUCGCUCUUUGACGAAAAUCGAAGAAGACAUGGAAAUGUCUAGGGACAGACACUGGGGUGGCUUGUCAAUAGGGGUGCUGUCGCUCCUCUUGCUGCUCCUCUGA